CACAUUUAACAAGAGGCCAGAGCUUGUCCAAAAUGGCGGUCCAGAAAUGACCCCUUGUUUGUGUUAGAAGACGAUGGCUUUCACAGCGACGGUUUUCUCUCUCAUUCCUCGUUUGCUCCUUGCCUGCUUGUGUCCCUGAUCAUGCCUUCCUCCAAUAUCCCUUAACGAUUUGUCAGCCAGACUGUUGAAAGCUAACUGUUCAAGAUGCCCGUCCCACCCCCUCCAGCGCCCCCGCCACCGCCCACGUUUGCUCUGGCCAAUACAGAAAAGCCUUCCUUGAGUAAGUCAGAGCAGGCUGGGAGAAAUGCUCUGCUCUCUGACAUCAGCAAAGGAAAGAAACUAAAGAAGACAGUCACCAAUGACAGAAGUGCACCAAUAUUGGACAAACCUAAAGGAGCUGCUGGUGGUGGCGGAGGUGGCGGCGGCUAUGGCGGAGGUGGCGGCGGCUAUGGCGGAGGUGGCGGCGGCGGAGGUGGUGGAAGUUUUGGAGGAGGUGGACCACCCGGUUUGGGAGGACUGUUCCAGGCUGGAAUGCCGAAGCUGAGAUCCACAGCCAACAGGGAGAAUGAUUCCGGAGGAAGCCGACCCCCAAUCUUGCCACCAGGAGGAAGAGCCACAUCCGCCAAACCUUUCACACCCCCAAGCGGCCCAGGGAGGUUCCCUGUGCCUCCUGCAGGCCACAGAAGCGGACCCCCAGAUCCUCAGAGGAACCGAAUGCCUCCCCCGAGACCCGAAGUGGGCGCAAAGCCUGAUAUCAUCCCCCCUCCAGUGCCUAAUACUCCAAGACCCAGUCAGUCAAGUCUGCACAACCGGGGGACCCCCCUAGUGCCGGGGGCUCCCCGGCAGCCCAGUCCUGGGCUGACCCCUCCCCCUUUCCCCGGAAACCGCGGUGCUGCUUUCGGAGGAGGCUCCAUCCGUCACACCCCCUCAGGCUCCUCCACGCCUUUUUCCACUAGGCCUCCCCUGCCUCCUACUCCGAGCAGGGCCUUGGAUGACAAGCCUCCUCCUCCGCCUCCUCCGGUGGGCAACAGGCCCUCCAUCCACAGGGAGUCUGUGCCGCCGCCUCCCCCUCAGAACAGCAAGCCCCCGGUGCCGUCCACCCCGCGGCCUUCCUCCUCCUCGCAGGCCCCGCCGCCUCCGCCCCCCAGCCGGCCGGGCCCUCCUCCGCUGCCCCCCGUGUCCAGCGGCAGUGGCGACGAAAUCCCGAGGCUCCCGCAGAGGAACUUGUCCCUGUCGUCGUCGGCGCCUCCCUUACCUUCACCAGGACGGUCAGGCCCUCUUCCGCCCCCGCCCGCUGAGAGACCCCCUCCUCCGGUGAGGGACCCACCGGGCAGAUCAGGCCCUCUCCCACCACCUCCUCCAAUGAACAGAAAUGGCAGCACAUCUCGGGCCCUGCCUGCCACCCCUCAGUUGCCGUCCAGGAGUGGAAUAGAUUCUAGUCCCAGAAGUGGGCCCCGGCCUCCUCUUCCUCCCGAAAGGCCUGGCACUGGGGCACCUCCCCCACCUCCACCAUCAACAUCAAUUAGAAAUGGCUUCCAAGAUUCUCCAUGUGAAGAUGAGUGGGAAAGCAGAUUCUACUUCCAUCCGAUUUCUGAUUUGCCACCUCCAGAGCCAUAUGUACCAACAACCAAAAGUUAUCCCAGUAAACUGGCGAGAAAUGAAAGCCGGAGUGGAUCUAACCGAAGAGAGAGGGGUGCUCCACCCCUGCCUCCCAUCCCGAGGUGAUCCUCGCCUGCUCUUCUACACUCAAGCCCCAGAGCUCCUUCUGUCAUUGCUGUCCAAGUCGCGCACCCUCCUCCUCUGUCCUCCCUUGUUCCUUUCCUAAUGGCAAUAGGGAAGAAGGGAGGUGAUGUGGAAAUGUGUGUGUGUAGGGUGCGUAUGCAGUAAAGGUAUGCACCUCGCUUUUUAUAUUGUGUAUAUCCUUAAAGCUAUUGCUUGCUUCAGCUACAGCCUGUUGGCUGCUUUGGGGAUCAACAGGCUUUUGUGACAAGUAGGCAGCGAUGAAAUUGUGUCCCAGCUUUCAACCAACCAAAUUCAAACGUUCACUGCUUUUUUGCUAUAAACCACAAUAUUAAGGUCCCUGAGAGUUGUUUGUUUCCAUGCCUUUUUUGCAUGUUUGGCCUCCUGUCUGUUUCUGUGAACCACAGACCAUCUAAACAAGUUGCUCACAUAAAAUAUUUGCAGUUACAAGAUGUCCAGUCUUGGGCAGUCUGAGGUAAGCCCUGGGACAGAGCUGUUCAAUAGAAAUAUAAUGUGAACCAGGUAUACAGUUUUAAAAUUUCUAGUAGCAACAUAAAACAGGAAAAUAGGUGAAAUUAAUUUUAAUAUAUUUUAUUUAACCCUAAUAUCCAAAAUAUCAUUUCAACUUGCAGUCAGUAUAACAAUUUUAAUGAGAUAUUUUAUAUAUAUAUAUUUUUUUGGUACUAAGUCUUCAAACUCCAGUGUGUACUUUACACUUGAAACACAUCUCCAUUUGGACGUGUCACAUUUCAAGUGCUCAGUAGCCACACAUGGUUGGUGGCUACCAUGUUGGACAGUGCAGAUCUGUAAGAUGGAGCCUGGUGCAAACACCUCUUGUUUCAAAAACAGAAAAGGCCAGAUGAGCUAUAGCAAUUCAAGAGGUAGCUAAAAAUAAAGUUAGGACCCUUGUUUGGCAAAUCGAUUUCCUUAGAUUUUGCUCCCUUAUUUUCCCUCUUCCCUUGAAAUAUGUAUACAAGUGUUGCGUCACAGUACCAAGGUCAGAAAUUGAUCUAAAAGGGUUUACAGUCAUGUGGAAUAAAAGCCAUUGAAAAGAAACUGAAAGCCAGUUAGGGCUCUCUAGCUGAGAACCAGCUUCCUUGAGCUCACCUGUUGGUUGGCCUCCUGCCUUGUGCAUUUCAAGUGGCUUCAUUCCUCUCCAGCCCAACUUGUUCCUUAGGGCAGGAGGCUCAUAGGUUCCAUAGCUGUGGGGGAAAGUCAGGGAAAGGUAGCAAAUCAGAAAUGUGGAAGAAGGGAACAGAUUUUAAUUGAUGGGCAAAACUCUAAAAUUCGAAAUCUGAUGCUUAUGGGGUUGAGAGAAAGAGAUUGCUGCUGGAAAUUGGAGGGAACUUGUUUUGAAUCUAUCUGGGAGAAUCAUUUGCCUUGGAUCUAUGCAAAUAAAGCUCCCCCAGAGGACCAUAGGGAUGAGCCAGCCUUGCCUUUUUUGUAUGAUUUUGUUUACAAAACUUUACUGGGACUUUUAAAUCUAACUAUAGACUUGGAAAAAAUUAUUUCCAUUUAGAUGUUUUAUAUAGUUGAUUAUGUUUAAAAUUACCAUUACUUAUUUUUUAAAAGUUCACAGCUAUAUAUGUAUAUGUAUAUCUACCUAAACUUUGUAUCAUGGUUUCAGUGUAUUGUUCAUGUAUUCCUAGGAGAUGCUAACAAGAAAUCAAUCCAAAGAAAAAUUUGAAAGAAGCAUUCAUAUUUAUAGAAUAAUUGUUUCAUUUUUAUAAAAUCAAAAGAACUUAGAAUUCUAAUAAAUGGGAUGUCUAAUAAAUUAUGAAGUUGCCCAUUUGAGUAUAUUGUAUUUUUAUAACUUUCCUUGCCAAAGUCCUGGGCUUAUUAAUACGUUAGAAAACUUGGGUUUUUCCCCACUUCUCCUCUACCAUUCCGUUUGUCUUUCAUACAUUCACUUGGGGCCCUUUCCCCAAAGAAAAUCAAGGAAUAACAAAAAUCAAGGUGUAACAAACCUGGUAAAGUAUUUUCAGAAAAAAGCUUUUAAUCUCUAAUAUUUUGAUAAUAUGGCAUCAUUUUAUUUUGAAUUCUUUGAUCAGAUAUCAAUAGUUGGUAAAAAUCCCUAUGAUAAAAGCGUGUUGACCCACUUCAGAAAAGAUGGAGUUGAACUCUCCUAGCAAAUAUGGCAGAGAAAAGUCUGACUCCAAACAAAUGGGUCUGAAUUUUGUAAGGGAUAGUAAGAAUAGCCAGUUUCUUUAUAUAUUCCAACUUUGCAGGUACCAAACAGGGUCACAGCUGAGAGUUGCUAUUCAUCCAGGAUAGAGAUGUUUUUAAAUGUAUUUUUAAGUGAAUAUUCCAUUAAUACAUGUAUACCCUUUCUUUGAAAUUUAGAAACCUAAUUGUGUCCAAAUGAGUAAAUUCUAUGCUAAAAUCUUUAACUAUAGCAGACAACAGAAAUUAAUACAUCCUUUCCUGAAACCAGAGGUUACAUAUGUUUUUUUCCCAUAAAAUUUCCAGAUAAAUGUAUUCAAGAUGCAAUACAGUAUUUUAACAUUUACACGUCAUUUUAUAUGAAAAUGUAUUACAGUAUUAAAGUUCAGUGUUCAGUAUUUAUUUCGGUAUGCAUUUUAUUUAGUAAAAACCAAGAAAAAUGUUUAAUCCAAUGGUGCCUUACUUGGUGAUUUGAGAGAAAUUGACUUUUUAUGUCUAAGUAGCAGAUUAUUUGCAUAUUUGUAAAAACUGUUAGGCCUUUAUAUUUUAACUUGUAAUACCAAUUUUGUUAUUUUAGUAGCAGAAAUGUGAUGACUGUUAAAGUACCCCGAAUUUUCUGGCAUGAUGAAAUUAAUUUCUCCCUAUUUAUAGUGAGGGACUGUAAAUGUUUUCAAGAAAAUGUUUUUCAUACCACUGCACUAUGUAAACAUGCACAUUUUGAUACCUGUGUCAUCAGGAUCGCUUAUAUGGUGGGGUAGAACCUACCCUAGAUAUCUGCGUCUUUGUAAAUUAGCCAGACAAUAAAUAAAAGCAGAAUGGCAAGACUGUCA